UUCAUAUGUACACAGUACAUUCUGUACAUACAGUAGGCUUAUCUUAUUUCAGCUGUUAUUAUUAACAACCGUGACUCGCGUUCAUUAGUGCUUCCACGAGCAAUAGCCGCCUGUGGUUGACCCAUUUAAUUAUCGUUUUGUUUGGAACUUUGGACUGUUUGCUGUGAACCAAUGAGUGACACUGGGAGUGGAGCUCCUUCAGCACCAGCGCGUGCCAAACGCAGCACACCACCAGUGUCUGCACCACCGUCUUCCGUAUCCAGCAAUCCUGGCUACCAAAUGAAACCCGAUUAUCCUCCGAAUCCCUUUGCAUCCCGCAAUCAACCUCCACCUGUCCGUCGACCGAGCGACGAUUCUGUAUCCUCGCUGACGGCAUUCCAGAGCGGCAGUAGUCUUGCUGAGGUUGGCACCUACAAGACGGAGAGCGUGCAUACGCUGGCUAGUCGCUUCGACAAGGAAUCCCUCACUUCGGGAGGGACGCCUGGAACAGCGCGCAGUACAGCGUCUGCUCCUUCGACCAAGAGUUCGUCUUCCAGCUCGCUGUCGGCCAGCGGGGAGGGAUUGAUGAUGAUGGCCCGCGAUCCGAGAAUCAGUUUUAACGAUUUCACCAACAGCUUGCCGUUAGUGGAGGGCGAAGCAAAAGUGGACAGCUUGUACUGUCCGCAUGUGCAGUACAGUGAUCCGUAUUCAGAGACGACAAAAUCGGGCAAGCUCACCGUGACGAAUUUCCGAGUGUUCUUCGAAGCCAGCCCGGAUACCAGUGCUUCUUUUGAGAUUCCUUUAUCGAAUAUCCAAGUUAUCGAAAAGCUUAGCAGCGGCUCUGGAAAUCGAGGAGAUAAUUCUUUGAAGCUGCGGAUUUUAUGCAAAGAUUUGCGAAAGAUUGUCUUAAGUUUGCCCAAAGGAUCGGAAAAGGCUUCGUUGAAAAAUUUUGUGGAUGAUCUGAAAAAAUACGCUUUUCCAGUAACUUACAAGGGGCAGCUGUUUGCAUUCAGCUACAAAAGGGAUUAUAAAAAGGAACACGAUGGAUGGGUACUGUACGAUGCUAGAGCGGAAUAUAAACGCCAAGGCGUACCCAAUGACAUGUGGCGGAUUCCCGACAUCAACCUAAAAUACGGAUUAUGCGAAACUUAUCCCGCGGUAAUUGCUGUUCCGAAGGAAGCAUCAAAUGAGCUGCUACAUAGUGUCGCAGCAUUUCGCAGUCGAUCUAGGAUACCCGUUCUGUCGUGGAUCCAUCCGGUGAGCCAUGCCACGAUCACACGCUGCAGCCAGCCGAUGGUUGGACUGAAUGGUCGCCGGAGUAAGGACGAUGAAUAUUAUGUGCGCCUGAUUCAUGAGGCGAAUCCGGUGUGUCCACAUCUGUGCAUUAUGGAUGCACGUCCUCUUGCGAAUGCAGUUGCUAAUAAGGCGAAAGGUGGAGGUUAUGAAACAGAAGAAAAUUAUCCGCACACGGAGGUGCUCUUUUUGGACAUACACAAUAUCCAUGUCAUGCGAGAGAGUCUCCGUAAAGUGAGAGAAAUGUGCACGCCGAAGAUCGAGGAUCCUAACCAUUUCUUAUCGAACUUGGAUGAGAGUCAUUGGUUACACCAUAUCAAGACUGUGCUUGCCGGUGCUCUCAGAAUUGUGGAUAAAAUUGAGAAUUAUAAGUGUUCCGUUCUGGUGCACUGCAGCGAUGGAUGGGACCGUACGGCGCAGUUAACUGCUUUAGCGAUGAUUAUGUUGGAUCCUUACUAUCGUACCAUUCUCGGAUUUGAAGUUCUGAUAGAGAAAGAGUGGGUCAGUUUUGGCCAUAAGUUUGCCCACCGAAUUGGGCAUGGCGAAGAAAAAGCGGAUUCCGAUCGAUCGCCGGUAUUUCUGCAGUUCAUUGACUGCGUAUGGCAGCUAACACAGCAGUACCCAAAUUCCUUUGAAUUCAGUGAAAGGCUUCUGAUUGCCAUUCUGGAUAAUCUUUUUAACUGUCGAUAUGGAACAUUCCUUUGCAAUUUUGAAAAGGAGAUACAUGAAAAGGGAUUACGCACAAAAACAAAAUCCCUUUGGUCGUUCAUUAACUCUAAUUUGAACGAUUACCGAAAUCCGUUCUAUCUUUCCGAUUCAGAAGAAUCGACGAAAGCUAAUGUGUUAUACCCGCUAACCACACUUCGUUACCUACAACUUUGGCUUCGCUAUUAUGCUCGGUGGGAUCCUUCUACAAGACUCCAGGAACCGAUGGAAGAACGUUAUCAUCAACUGUUAUAUGCCCUAGAUAAGCUGACCGAGCUAAGAGAUAAUUUAAAGAAAGAAGCAGCCUCAAAAAAAUCUAGGAUGGCUUUUAAUCAAGGUACCUCGCCUUCCCAUGUAAACCAUGUUUAAAGGGCACUGGUCAUUUGCUGGGUAGUUGCUGAUAUUAAACUUUUGGUUUUCGAACGUAGAAUGUAUAUACGUUUUGCUGUUAUUUUGUAUUUAGUGGAAUUUACUUUGUUCUGUCUGAAUAUUUGCCUUAGCGUAAAUUAACAAGACACUUCUGUACUUGCUUUGCACCACUGCUGUAACUGGGACUGAUGCAUUCGUUCAAGAUGACGUCUAGUGAUGAUCCACGAAGAAAAUACUGAAAAAUAAAUUCUGUUUGUUAUUUAUUUUUAACCACCUAAUGUUAUUGAGGACAUCGUCAUAUCGCUG